AUGUCAAUUCGAGAAAUUCUACUGAUACCCAGUGAAGCUAUUUCAAAACCUUUUCUCCAUGUCACAACUGAAACGAAAAUCUCAAACUCAUCAGCAUUGCCAGAAAAUGAAAAGAAAUGCAAGCCGCAUUCGUUCAUUUGGAGAAAUCGAAUUCGUCAAUGGAUUUUCAUCGUCGUGGUUAUUUUCGGUAUUCUUAGUCUUUCAUUUGCGAUUAUUCGAUCGUGGAAUUAUAUCGAACGAACUUCAAAACUUAAACAAGGUCAGAUCACGCUACCCACCAAAGAAGAUUAG